AUGGAGACUGUAUUCCCCCACCUCACGUCUACCGGGCCAGCUCCCUCGUAUCGCCAGGUGAUGGACGCCUACCGCGCAGCUUAUGCCCGCCGCGUCGAAGAGGGUGCUUUGCGACCUCUCGUUCUCCCGUACCAUCUCUACGGUUCUAUGGCCCUCCUCGCAUACCUAUGCAUACCGCAUACGAAGAGUCCGCUUAUAUAUGCCGCACGAUGGCCGGUCCUCUUGGCUAUAAUUGCUUUUCAGUGGAAAACGGUCAAUGAGGAUUCGAGUGUUAUGAUGGCGACAGGAUAUGCCUCGGGUCUGACUGGAGCUUGGGGUGUUAUACUGAGUGUGACGUGGUUGGUGUGGAAUAAGCCGCAGUUUGAUGCGCAGAGAGUGAAUAGGAGGGUUCGGAAAAGACAAGCCAAUGGAGCUCCUCCGAGAGAAGAGCCAGACGGGAAACCCAGUGUGCACAGGAAAGAGAAUGGAUCGGCGGAUCUGAAUUAUCGAGGAUCACAGCCUACAGGAAUGUCGAACGGGAAGUCUGCGAAAGGCUCAAGUGACCAGGAGAUAGAAUACUACUGGCAGUCAUAUCCCGACAACUUCACGGACCGAUUCUACUGGGUAUCAGACCUUCUGCUCAACUUCCGCCUUCCGGGAUGGAACAUUGCUAUCCCACCUCUACCGGCCCUUCCACCCUUCGUCAAGACCUCGCUCGGAGAGCCCGUUGAGGCCAAGUCAAGAUCCGGACUCUCGAGCAUCGGCCUCCAGAGACACGACACCCGAGCAGAACUGGUCCGCGCAAUUAUGCCCAACUUCUUGGUCGGGUACUUCGUGAUGGAUGUUCUGAAAGUGGUCAUGAUGAAAGACCCUUACUUUAUCUUUGGGCCAACAACCUACGCGCUCCCGUGGUACCUUGAAGGAUGCUCGCCGUUCACCGUCCAGAUGAUCCGUCAGACCAUUAGCUCAGUCGCUGUUAUCGUCUCGCUCGAAAUGGCCUUCCUCCUCGCACCAGUCUUCAUCACUCUUAUCUGCGGACCUCAGGUCUUCGGCCUCCGAGCAGAAGCCUGGUACUGGCCCAGUAGAUGGGGAUCGUGGUCGAACAUCACCAACAAAGGUCUCGCCGGUCUCUGGGGUGGAUGGUGGCAUCAGACCUUUCGCUUUGUCUUUUCCGCGCCCACCAAUUUUCUCAUCAGAGAGGGGUACGUAACUGCCAAGUCGCCAGCUGCCAAGUUCCUCGCGCUGUUCUUUGCGUUUGGAAUUUCCGGGUUCUUGCAUUACUGCGGCAGUAUAAGCCAGUUUCCCAGCACCUGCAAAUGGCACGCCCCACUCUUCUUCAUGCUGCAGCCGGUGGGAAUCGUUCUUCAGAUGGUCGUGUGCACGGCUCUGGGGCCGGCGAUCACGAAGAUGCCUCGGGCGGUGCGGAAGUUUGGAAACUUUGCUUUCGUCUUUGCGUGGAUGUUCUAUACCGGGUGGUGGCUGACGGACGAUUUCGCGCGUGGUGGGAUCUGGCUCUACGAAGCUCUUCCGAUCAGCCCUCUGCGUGGACUUGGGUUUGGCGUCGCGGGUGAUGGAUGGUGGUGCUGGGAGCCUCUUGGUAUCGGGUGGUAUACUGGCAAGCACUGGUGGGAGAGUGGGAUCGGAUUAUAG